UGCACCUUUAUCGCCGUCGUCCGUGCGGUGUUCUUGACGUGCUUGUAUAAAUUGUUUCAAUCGUAUCGACCUCUUGUUUUGCGUGAGCUGUUCGUCCAUUACGGACGUCUCGUUGUUGUUGCUCGUUGGACGUUGUCCUGACCUUUUAUUAGUCACAAGUAAAAUAUCUUGUGUUUGUGUACUUCAUAACUAAUCGCCAUAAUAUAUUUUGUGAAUUGUAGUACUGUACCUAACUGCGUAAUUCGCCGACCGCUGUUGAAAAUAAUAUAAACCGAACAUUUUUGUAAGUCAUUAUGUCUCAUCGUGAUUGGGAUCAGUCGUGUAAAGUGUACAUUGGGAAUUUGGGUCAGAACGGUACUAAACAUGAAAUUGAAGCUUCAUUUACAAAAUACGGUCCAUUAAAGAACACAUGGAUUGCAAGAAACCCUCCCGGUUUUGCUUUUGUAGAAUUUGAGGAUCCAAGAGAUGCAGAAGAUGCAGUCAGGGGACUUGAUGGGACCCGUAUCUGUGGUGUUCGCGUACGUGUUGAAAUGUCUAGUAAUAGACCACGUGGAGGGCGAGACGGACGUAAUGGUGGUGAUCGCAGAGGAGGAGGAGGAGGAGGCGGCGGCGGUGGUGGGGGUGGUUACAAUAGAGGACCUCCACGAUACAAUGACAGGUCACGAUCUCGUUCACCCAAGCGGCGUGCACCACCUUCUCGCUCACGUUCAAGGAGCUACUCGCCGAGACAACGUCGUACUUCACAUUCCUAAGUUGUAACAAAGUUGAUGAUUCGAGUUCAAUAUAUUGAACUCAUAGCAUGGCCCCCAAUUUAAUAAUACCCUACAUUUAAUAUGUAUUUUCUGUCAAUAAUAAAAUGCAGAAAUAAUCAUAAUCCUUUUUUUUUUUUUUAACAAUAAUUUAUGUACAUUUUUUUUUUACUUAUGAUUGCUUGGUAUUUCCAAAAGAUCGCAUCAAAUUAGUAAUUUUAUGAUAAGGUUUGACUUAUACAAUAAGACUAUUUUAUUCAUUGUACCAUUUAUUUUUGGUUUACUCGAAAUAUACGAUUAGUAAAGGA